AUGCUACAUGAUUCAGAUUUAGCUCGGGGCAUGGACCUGACGACUGACGAGCUGCGAUCGCUGGUGCGCAAGUGGCAGACGCUGAUCGAGUGCCACGUGGACGUGAAGACUACGGACAACGACACGCUGCGCCUGUUCGCCAUCGCGUUCACGAAGCGCCGCCAGAACCAGAUAAACAAGUCGCCCCCUACCCCCCAACACCCCCCUGCUCCUGACGGGGUAGAGGGGUAUUGGGGGGUAGGUGCAGAGCGGAGCGCGGCAGCCUUGUCCGUCCGUGGUUGCCCCUUUCUCACUGUCUCUGCCCUUCCCCCCUCCCCCGACCCCCCGCUCGACGUGGCAGUGACGCACAGCGCGUGA